UGUGAAAGUGAUAAUAACUUAGACAAAAAGGUCGCCGUUAUCUCAUUAAUGAUGUGAUGAGAGACCUCGCGAGGAGUCACGGUUGUAUGUCGAUGCGUCUGUGCAGCUAGAAUAGGUAAAUCCCCGUCCCAGGUUCCCCGCCGGAAUUCCCAGUCAGCUCAAGAUAGACAAAGUAAACAAAUCAGACUGUGUACGCCUGACGGUGGAGGGAGACGUAUUUGUAUAGCUACACGAAUAAACUAUCACAGAUGAUCAACAAUGACCAAGAAAAAGACGAAGAGCAGUGGGUUAUAUAAGUGUAAAGAAUGUUGCAAAGAUUUUCAAACCGAUCUUGCAUUAUUCCAACAUCUGACUUCGAGAAGCAAGCGAUGCGGGAACAGUGCUUGCUUUUAUUGCGACUACGGUGAGAGCGUUCCCGGUGGCUUGUCAGAUCACAUCAAGACACGACAUUCUGUUUUCGAAUGUGCAUUUUGUUCUAAGAAAUUCUUCUUGAGAACUCAUUUUGAGGUACACAUGAAACACGAAGAAGGCAUAGUGAAUUCAUGGAGGGAUGAUCCUUUGCCUGGAAUGGACGACACAGAAUCAUUCAGCGAAUUGAUAGAACGCCUGAAUCCGGAUGCAAUUGUUUACGAAGAGUGUCAAAGAAUUAAGGAAAAGUUGGAAUGGUUCAUGCACCACAACACAUCUUACAAGAAAUGCCACAUCACCAUGGCAGGAUCAAUAGCCAAACAAACUCCAUUAACAAAGGCAGAUGUCGACCUGAUUCUCUUCUUGCAUGAGUACAAAACCAUGACGACAUUUAUAGAAAGCAAAGAAGAGAUCAUAGAACGAAUCAAACGCCAUGUCGAAAAUCGGGACAUGAAUUGGGCCCAUGGGCUGAGGUUUCAAAAGCGCACACCAAACUCAAUACAGUUUGAGCUGAGUGUUAGUGGCAGUUGCACGUCGAUGGAUGUGGAUCUACUACCAGCUGUGCAACUGUUGCGCCGUAACAGUUCUUCUGAGAGGGAUGCAUUGUACACAAAUAUGAAGUCCAUGUCAGCAAAGGAGAGGAAACAUUGUGGGCCGUGCCUGUCUGAGCUGCAGGUCGAGUUUGUGCAGAACGUACCAGACGCGUUGAAAGACGUCAUCCGGAUAGUCAAAUAUUGGAUCAAAAUUAUACGCAAGGAUGAGAGGUGUAAAACAGUCCGGUGUUACUUCUGUGAGUUAGUGGUCAUUGACUAUUGGAUGAAAAACAACUCACCUGACGACCACGAGAUCGACAUUGAUGACUACGUCAUACAAGUCUUAUACCGCCUCUGUUUCUGUCAGAGUCUUCGGAUCAUUUGGCCUGAAACUUACGACUUCCUCAAAUACAGAAGUGAAGAAGCCGAGCCUAUAGUACUGGAUCCUGCAAAUCCCUUUGUGAAUGUUGCGCCCAACAUGAAGGAUGCUUUACGAGUGAGUCAGUGCGCCAUUGAGCUGUUUGAAAGAUAUGGCACUGUCAAACCUAAACACUUGUCUUCUAGACAAUUGGCAUACCGAAAUCCAGCCUAUAUCUGCCCUUCUGUGGCCUUACAACUACCUGCUGCCGUGGCGAUAGACAUGGGGGAUUCCUUUCCUGAUGAUGUUUCUACAGGUACUGGGGUCAUGUCAUCGGUGAAUGCCCAAAUGCAUUCGAGCAACCCUAGUUCGAAAAGACCAGCAAAAUCCCUCUGUGUCUGGAGAUGCAAGUUGCUGCUGGGGUUGCUGCUGGUACUAGCUGUUUUAGGAGUCAUAAUAUGGAGAGUGAGUUCAUAAAUUCCAUCGG